AUGCUUGGAGUCUGCAUAAAUGCCAUCCACGGAGGCGCAGAUGAAUUGGAAGUAUGUAGUUCACUCACAGAAGGUGGGCUAACACCUUCCGCGGGGUUGGUAAAACUAAUUCGGGACAUUGUCAACAACAUACCGAAGAAAAUACCUAUUCGUAAAACAUGUGAUAAUUGCAGUUGCGGUAAUUUGAAAACGGCUCCCAAAGUCAAUGUAAUGAUUAGAUCUCGAACAGGUUCUGAUUUUUGUUAUUCCAAAGAGGAAAUGGACACAAUGUUGAGCGAUAUUGACGUCUUCAAAGUUAUCGGAGUGGAUAGAUUUGUCUUCGGCGCUCUCACGAAUACGCAGGAUAUAGAUGAAAUCAAUUGUACUGAGGUUAUACGUAGGGCUCAUCCUAUUCCGGUCACAUUUCAUAGAGCCUUUGACGUUUGUAGGGAUCCCCAGAAGACUAUUCUUUCAAUCAUAGAUAUUGGUUUCAGUAGAUUACUUACAAGUGGUCAGGAAGUUUCAGCUGAUAACGCCAAUGCAAUUCAACUUAUAAAGAAAUUAUAUAUGGAUUAUGGUGAUAAAAUAGAGAUAAUGCCCGGAGCAGGAAUUAACCUCUUAAAUGCUAAGGGUUUUAUUGAUAUGGGAUGCAAAAUUGUACAUAGUUCUUGUAAACGAAUACGAUAUUUGCCUCAAAUUGAACACAAUUUAAGGAUGGGUACAAGUGAUAGUGAACAUAUUUAUGUUACAGACGAAAUUAUAGUGAAAAAGAUGAAAGAAAUUUAG